UCUACGUAGACCACAGACCACAUCUAAAAUUAUAUCGGGACUAUAGACGAUGUAAUAGUUUCAUCCUUCUACCUUCAUCGAACGUUUUGUGCAUCGAACCGCAGUUUAAAGCCGGAGCCAAGUCUUGUCUUACUUAUAAUCCGAUAAUCCAUCUUUACUGUUCAAUGGAUGGUGCGAUGAUAGAAAUCUGCCGAUAAGCAUAUUAUAAACUUUUACGCAACAGGUGUCGCUAUAAGCAGGAAGUAAAUUGGAAAUCAGAUUUAUUAGAUGGUAAUAUAUGAUGGCAGGUGAACAAAAUAUUGGUCAUUUAGAAGAUGAAGCUCUAAAACGGAGAGAGCGACUAAAAGCGUUAAAACGCAAACGUGAAGGAGACAUAAGUGAUGGAAAAGAAAAGUCUGAAGACAACUCCUGUAUGGAGUUGCCAAAACCUAUUUUUAGGAGCUAUAGACCUGCUAAUGAAGAACUGAAUGACUUCACCAAAGAACCUAGUAUACCUGGGGACGUCACAGCAGAGAUUAAAGACCACCUUGAAGCAGCUAAGUCAAGUGUAGUAAUAGAUCAACUAGAUGUAACUGCUUUGGCACCAAGAAAACCAGAUUGGGACUUGAAAAGGGAUGUGGCCAGAAAGUUAGCCAGGCUGGAGAGACAAACUCAAAGAGCGAUAGCAGAAUUGAUCAGAGAUAGAUUGAAAGAAAGAAGUAGAACAGAUGAUUUAGCAGCUAUGGUUAAUGCAGCUGUUAGUGAUCAAGUUAGAGAACAAACAUGAUAUAAUGAACAUAGCAGACAAGUGCUGAUAUUAUAACUUUUUUUUGUUUUAAUGUUUAGAAACUUCAUUUAUCUCGUAUGUCCCAAAAUUUGGUAUGACAAGGGACUUUUUAUUUCAAGAUUUAAAGAUAAUUGGUGAUAAGAUGUCAAGACAAAACUUUUUUCCUGAAGGCUGUCAUUUAAACCUUAUUUCAUGGUAAAAUUGCAUCACAUUCCAUGACAUCUUCAAAACAAGGCUAUGAUAUUAACAGCAAAAAACAAAAGGAUGUUAUUGUACUGAUUGUCAAUCUUCAUACUUAAAAUUUGAUAAAUGUACUAUUCGGUGAAUAUUUGAUAAUGUUGGAUGAUUCAUAUCUGGCACAUAAUAAAGACCUCUUUUAUUGAUUGUCAGUGGUACUUGGGUGUAUUAUUUCAACAUCCUAGUCAUAAUUCAACAGGAAAGAUAUAAACAAUGUUAAUAGAUAUUAUAAUGACCUAUCUUUACUCUCCCCAUUAUUGCUAGGUUCAAUUGUAACUUGAUGAAAUACCUAUUUAUUAUCAAGUUUCUUCAUAAUAAAUUCAGUGACAUAAAACUAAA